AUGGGGGUGAAAAAUCUCUGGGACAUCUUGGAAUCUUGCAAGAAAAUUCUUCCUCUCGCCCAUCUCCAGAACAAAAGGGUUUGUGUGGAUCUAUCGUGUUGGAUGGUUCAGCUUAACAGUGCGUGUAAAUCACAGUGUCCAUUGAAAGACAAGAUUUAUCUGAAGGGUUUGUUUCACCGCAUAAGAGCCCUAAUUGCUCUGAAUUGCAGCCUUAUUUUUGUUACCGAUGGGUCGAUUCCUGCCAUCAAGGUGACUGCAUAUAGACGCCGCUUAAAUGGUGGAAAUGAGGCUACUUUAGUUGCUGGAAAUCCUCCUAAUGUGGCAUCACUGAAGAGAAAUAAGGGAUCCGAAUUUUCGUGCAUGAUAAAAGAAGCCAAAUUUCUUGGUGCGUCCCUUGGGAUUCCAUGCUUAGAUGGUAUUGAAGAGGCUGAAGCUCAAUGUGCAUUGCUAAACUCAGAGUCACUAUGUGAUGGAUGCUUCACAUCAGAUUCUGAUGCCUUUCUGUUUGGUGCAAGAACAGUUUAUAGAGAUAUAUGUCUUGGAGAAGGUGGUCAUGUUGUUUGCUAUGAAAUGGAUGAUAUCGAGAGGAAACUUGGGUUUGGGAGGAACUCAUUGGAGUCAGCUUGUCAGAUUGUGAAAUCGAUUGGUGACUCAACUGUUCUUCAGCGGUUUGCAGCGGAGGGCUUGUCAAUUACUAAAAAACCAAAACGCUCAAAGAAGAAGGGCCACAAUUUAACGAAUGAACAAAAAGAGAACGAUAAUGGAAAUAAAUGUGGUUUACCUCUAGAAAAUCAGUUCUUGCAAGUGAUCAAUGCUUAUUUGAAGCCAAGAUGCCAUUCGGCAGACUCAGACAUCGUGCACAGGGUUCUUGCUCUAUACCCUUUCAAUCGGAGCCAAUUGCAUCAGUUAUGUACUCAAUAUUUCGACUGGCCUCCGGAAAAGACAGACGAGUACAUUAUGCCGAAGAUUGCCGAAAGAAACUUGAGGAGAUUUGCUAAUCUUCGUUCGAGUUCAUCGAGAUUAGGACUCCAUCUGCCUGUAAAUGAGAUGCCUGUGAAGUGUCCUGUAUCAAGCAUUGUCAAGCAAAGGAAAGUCCAAGGAAGAGACUAUUUUGAGGUUUCAUGGGAAAAGAUGGACGGACUAGAUUCAUCCAUUGUACCAGCUGAUCUUGUUGAGAGCGCUUGCCCUGAAAAGAUUAUGGAAUUCCAUGAAAGAAAAGCUCACAAACAAAAACCCACUAAAAAAAAAUCGAGAGCAGUUAAAGUAGACAUGAAAUCCGACACGGUCGAUGUCCAUAGAAAACUCCAGGAACUAUUGCUCGACAUUGAACGAGACAGAUGUACCAUGAAUAACGGCGCCUCUUGUCUCGUUGGCUUGGAUUAUCAGCAAAGCGCGAUUAUGAGCCUUAAUUAUUCUGAGUCAAGAGGUAAAUGCCCUCUUAGUUCAUCUUCUUCUAGUCGUUCAAGAUCCAUAGGGAAGGAUAUUAUCGAUCUCAUUAGUCCACCGCCAAAACAAAUUAUUGCACGUGGGGUUUCUAGUUUCCGAGAGAAGGAAUUUUCGGACGUGAUUGAGUUGAGUGAUACGGAUAAUGACGUGUCGCCUGAGCACAUGAGGAAGGCAAAGGAGCUGAGGAUGUUCAUAGCGAAGAUCAGAGAUGAGAUCUCUUGA